CGAGAUCUUCAGAGUCCACGUCGCCUCGGCGUCGGAUACGUCAUGUGGUGACAGCGGAGUCUGUUUGUUAUUCUUUAGAGACAGCAAAACCCGGAGAGUUUCACCGGUUCUGAUCACUCUCUCUGACCCGGGGACAACACCCUCUCUGACCCGGGCACCGGAGCUCUGUCUGCGGGGAACAUGUCUGCGGAGUCCGAGAGCAGGAACACGGAGCCAUGGGGAAGCUUCGAUGAGAACCAGGGCGGGGGCUCGGCCGUCAUCGACAUGGAGAACAUGGACGACACGUCUGGCUCCAGCUUCGAGGACAUGGGGGAGCUCCAUCAGAGGCUGAGGGAGGAAGAGGAGGAGGAAGAGGAGGAGGAGGGUGGGGGGGACGGGGGGGACGGGGAGUUCCUCGGGAUGAAGGGCAUCAAGGGCCAGCUGGGGCGCCAGGUGGCCGACGAGGUGUGGCAGGCGGGGAAGCGUCAGGCGUCCAAAGCCUUCAACCUGUACGCUAACAUCGACAUCCUGAGGCCGUACUUUGACGUGGAGCCGGUGCAGGUGCGCAGCAGGCUGAUAGAGUCCAUGAUUCCUGUCCGCAUGAUCAACUUUCCCCAGAAGAUCGCAGGUGAGCUGUACGGACCUCUGAUGCUCGUCUUCACCCUGGUGGCCAUCUUGCUGCACGGCAUGAAGACAUCUGACACCGUCAUCAGGGAGGGCACUCUGAUGGGAACAGCUAUAGGAACGUGUUUUGGUUACUGGCUGGGCGUCUCCUCCUUCAUCUACUUCCUGGCGUACCUGGUGAACGCUCAGAUCACCAUGCUGCAGACGCUCUCCCUGCUGGGUUACGGUCUGUUUGGACACUGCGUGGUCCUCUUCAUCACCUACAACAUCCACUUCCACUUCCUGUUCUACUUCCUCUGGCUGCUGUGUGGAGGCCUGUCCACCCUGCGCAUGGUGACAGCUCUCCUCUCCAGGACUGUGGGUCAGACUCCUCGUCUGCUGCUCUGUGGAACUCUGUCUGUUCUCCAUAUGAUGUUCCUGCUCUACCUGCACUUCAACUACCACAAGAUCAUAGAGGGUCUUCUCGAGUCUCUUGAAGGACCCCCCAUGGUGCCGAUGCAGCGGGUGGCCAGAGAGGUGCCGGAGCUGACCCUGAACGCCUCUCUGCUGAUGACCCACUGAGCCCCCCCCCCACUGAGCCCCCCCCCCCCCCAUGUUAAAGUGUGUUUCAUUGUAUUUACAGACCAUAAUAAACAGUUACUGAGCUCUAA